AUGAUACAAGCAACUUGUGAGAAAGUGGAUGUGAUCAGAGCCAAAGCGGCUCAGUCGAGACAAAAGAGCUACGCCGACAAUCGGAGGAAGGACAUUGAGAUUGGAGUUGGUGAGAAGGUAUUUCUCCGAGUUUCUCCAGCAAAGGGGCUGCUACGAUUCAAUAAGAAGGGAAAGCUGAGCCUGAGAUACAUCAGCCCGUAUGAAAUUCUGAAAAGGGUUGUACCAGUAGUGUAUCAACUGGCCCUACCGCCAUCUUUGGAAGGCAUCCAUGAUAUAUUCCAUUUGUCGAUGCUAAAGAAAUAUAUCAACAACCCGAAACAUGUACUCUCGGCUAAACUAGAGCAGUUGGAUGCUGAUAUGACCUAUGAGGAACAACCGAUGGAGAUAUUAGACAGAAAGGAGCAUAACCUCCGUAAUCGCUCGAUCGCAUUCGUUAAAAUUUGA